AAUGAAUAGCUAAUCCCUAGAAGCUACAAAAACCUAGAGUGUUAAGGACUAUAAGGCAUAACAUAAGUUGGAGGACAGAAAAAAGAGAGUAUAGCAAUAUAAAGAAAAAUACCCAGAAAUGACACCAAUGGUUGUUUAAAAACAUCCAAAAGCCAAGAUUAUGUCAUUAACAAGACCAUAGUAUUUAGUUUUGAAUAAAAUAGAUUCUUGGUUAAUUAAACUGUCAAGUUUUCAGAUUUUAAAAACUAAAUCAGAACUAAACUUUAAUUAUCACCUUAAUAAACAUUGUUUUUCUAUUGUGGAAAUAAUAUUAUAUCAGAUGGUAAUUUUUUGAAUUAAAAAAUAGAUAUUUCACUUUAAGAAUUGUAUAAUAAAUAUAAAGAUAGAGAAGAUGAAUUUCUAUAUUUGAAUUAUUCUGAUUGUGAAGUUUUUGGAAAUUAAUUUGAUUGA